CUCGCAGAUGGAGCGUAUCAUCGGGUUGUGAAAGUGAACGACCCGGAAUAUGUUGGUGCCUGAACUUUUGAAAUUCACCUGAAAUGGCUCAAUACACGUUGAUUUUCCACCUGAUUAGCCUGGUGAUGCUGUGUGAAUAUGGCACGACGGUGAGAGACGGCAGGCGUGGCGGUUUCAGAAGGGGGGUCGAGAGAGGAGUCGGGAGCAGGGAUGUGGCACAGGGGGUGGACGAGGGCCACCUGAUCACCAUGGAUCUCCAGCUCGUCUCCAGGGUCAUUGCGGCUCUCGACAGCAGCAUCAGUUACUACGAGAAUAACUUCAAGCAGAUGAACUUUGAUGGGAUCUUUGGGGCGAAGGUGGUUGAAGGGCAAUUGAACCUGAUUGUUGCAGAAUAUAAUAAGGGAUUUCUAUCAGCUACAAUGGACAGCUUUAUGAGGAAUAAGGUGGCAAGCAUUGCUACAAGGGCAGGACGUGUAGUAAAGCUUGCAAUCCCCUUCUUGUAUAAAAAAAAUCGAAAAUACAUGGGGAAAAUGGAGCGCUUGUUCCAGCUUUCUUGGGAUGUUGGACAUUCCCACCGCAAUGUGGACAUGUCCCUCAAGUGGAGUGAUCGCACGUUCACUCUUGCCCUUGAGGAAGAGCUUACUGAGAUGCAGAGUGACCACUGCAUAGCUGAGUUGCUGGAGCCUAUUGAGGGUGUGAUGUGCCGUAUGACAGACGUUUGCCAGCAGAUGAUGACCAAGGCAGGCAGGGAGAGAUAUGCCUUGGUGCACCAGAUCCUCUACACUGUGGUGGCUGAGAUGAAAAAAAAGUUUGUAUGUGGCAUGUUAGGUUAUGUGGAGUUCCUAUGGCGAGAUUGGCUUGCUGACAUACUAGAUUGGCAGAAUGGCUGCCUUCAACACCUAACCACUGUGGCAGUCUCAGCUUUAGCUGUUCACUUGCACUACCUUUUGUAUCCAGGGAUUAAGAGCAGGGGUGCCAGCAACCUGAAGCAUGUAUCUCCUCCUUCUGCUAUGUUGGAGCCUCCACAUGAAUCCAUCCCAAUGCACAUUGCUGGAGGCUUCAUGCUCAAUCAGCCCCUUUACAGGGAGGAGGUCCAAGAUGGACUCAGCAGAGUGGCUGAGGAGGAGAAAUCUCUAGAGGAUAAAGCAGACAUUGUUAUGAAGCACUUGGAGGAGAAGAGAAACAGCACCAAGCCUCAUCGUGUAAGAGACUUUAUGUCCCCGCUUUCACACUAUGACAGCACCUCUAAGAGUAACAGCGGCCCUGUACCACUGCCAGAACACCCUCUCCACCAGCCCCAGUACUUGGCUUCAACACACACUUCCGGGACCACUGUAGAGACCUCUAUGGCAGCUUUCUACUUUGUGAUAGCCAGCAUAGUGCUUGUUAUGCUGGUGAUGGUGAGGUAUGUUCACAGUGGGAGAAGGACUCAUACCAUUUUCAGGACCAGGUUCCGUUUUUGAGAAGCUGGAAUUAUCAAAAUUAUUUUCUUUAAGUUUUAUUUUUCAUUUAUCAAGAAAUUUCCUUGAAUAUUAAUUUUUUUUUUUAAUAUAUCUAUAUUUUUGUCUGUUGAGAGGUUAUAAGUGUAGACUGCUUGUUACAUGUGUUGUCAAUGAGAUGCUGUAAGGAGACUAGAUUCUAUUGGUGUACAUGAAAUAUAUAUUGUCAGUUAUAAUGUAAAACAUGCACAGAAUAAGAGCAGUGUUUAGUGACUUGUAUAUAUCCACAUAAUAAACAAACUGUAUAAAAAUGUGUAAAUACAUCUCUAAGAGAUAUUGUUGAAGUACUGCUUCAUUGAUUUCUGAAACAUUUUCUGAAGCUUAACACUGUCAGCUCUGCCAGUGGAUUUUCACUUGAAAUUGAAUCUCAUAUGUGACAUACUCUUACCAGUUCUUGUAGACAGAGAUAAAUACUCCAUAAAACCAAGUAUCAGAUUACUGAAUAACUGUUAUUAGAAUGUUUUUAAGAAAUAUUCAGAAUUUAACAUAGCAUAGUUACCCAGUUUUACAGUUUUCAGUAUGUUUUUUUUUUUCGGGGGUGCUAACUUUUGCUUUUGCUCUGUAGAUAAUAACCAUGCUGUUAGUAGCUUCAGGACCUAAUUAUAUUACUUUAAAGAAGUAGUCCCAAUUUAUAGGCUGGAAUAGUUUGUUGUGAUAACAGAAUAGCACUUGUCCAUCUCUUCAGGACUGUAAGAUAUUGUGAGAGGGAAUGUUUUGAUACAGUGCAAUUAGGGAGAUCAUCAAUACACCUUUUAUUAUUUAUUGAGGUGAGGCUUUACCCCCAAGCAUAACAGUGAAGCCUGAUUAGUUAAACAAGAAGAAAUACAUCUGCAUGGACUAAUAAAGACUUGCUUUAGCAAUUAUGAAGUGUAAAGUGAUGGUUGAUAUUAAAAUGAUUGAAAAAAAAAUCCCAGUCUUCACUUUUGUGCUUAGAAAGUCAUGCCAUCCAGAAAAAGACCAUCUCACCAGCGUCAUACAUGUCAUAUCACUUAACUCAAUGUGAUCACAGUGUAUAGCAUAUAUAUCAAGAGUAUAUUUGUCAUGCAUAUAUGGCUGGGUACUUUUGUGGAAAUUUAGCUGAAAAAUAGCACUAAGACCUGAUUACUUCACACAUAACUGUAUCAAAGAAGAUGCAUAUAUAACAUAAACACAUAUUCUCUGUUUACCAUACGUGGCACAGCCCAUCAUUUUUACCCACUGUCCCAGGGGUUAGGCCUUUGAGUGCUUUAGCUGGGAGCAAAGUUAAUAGACUAAAAGUAAAAUUGUAAUGAAUUUGAUUUGUGAUUUAGGGGUUGUGAUACAAAAUCAUUGAUAAGGUAUUUUAUAUAAAGAAAAAGUAGAAGAUAACCACCUAUUACUUCACCUCUCAGUAACAUGUAAUUUAGCUCUCACUGUUUUACAGUAUUGUUUCAUUAUUUUCUUUAAAAUACUCUUGAAAUGCAGAGUUAUAUGCAACAGUUCCCAAACACAAGGGUGACCAUAAAUGUGUAGGCAAUCAGCAUGCUUAUUUGCCAUUAAUUGAUACACAGAUAAAGUCAAGAUUUGUGUGAUACAGACAUAUAGGAUAAUGAGGCAUUAGUGCUGUUUUUUGCCUAAAUUCCUGCAAAGGCAUCCUGGUGUAAAGUCUGCAUGAUAGAAGGACUGUAAACUAUGAUUGGUCUGAGAUAGUGAUGGUAUGAUAUACAUGCCAUCCAGACUCAUUGAAAUAAGUCAGACACUAGCUUGGGAUUAGGCCUCUUUGCCUCAGUAAGUAAUACUGAGUAUUGUGUAACCCAAUGUGAUCAUGUUACCAUACUACUGUGUUCAUAUGGGAUAAACUACAAUGUCCUUGUUCAUCUCUGCCUCCUGGUCAGUCACAUAUGACCGUCCACUCUUGUGUGCCUCUUCCACACCCCAGCCAUAAUUAUAUUAAUUCCAUUUUUUUAUGUAAGCAUCAUUUGUGGUCAUUUGCAUGUUUUCACAAUCUAGAUAUUCAUGUGAGUAAUGGCAAUGAUAUGAUUUACUUUUUGAGUUGAGGCAGUGUUAGAAGGGGAAGAAAAUAUGGGAUAAGGUGGUUGUCAAGUAUUGAUGCUAAACAAGUAUUAGAACAAAUCUGGUAAAAGUUAAUUACCUGUAGCUGAUAUGAUAAGGGUCAGGUAACUAUUUUUUUUUAUCAUAUUUUUUAUCAUAUUUAAAAAAUAGCUACAAUGAAAUAGCAACUCAUUGCAAAUACCAUUUAAAGGAUAUAACUAACCCAGUACCUUUGCAGUUUCUUUUUAUCUUAGUCUCCCAUGCACUAUUAGUUGGGGUCAAGAAACCAAAUCUAGAUAAAAUGGGAGUAAUUUUCCUACCAUUACUACAUGUUUUUCACUGCUGCUUAAGGUUAUUUGUUGUUGGAUUUACGGGGGCUUUUUCCCUGUAACAUGUUCAAGAAAAGCUUUUCCAUAUAUUGUAUGUUGCAGGUAUAUGCCCUUUAUCCUAUGAUGUAUGUUAGUUUUUGGGUUAAUAUUCACCCUAAAUAUUGAAAAGGGUUAGAUUCAACUGACAGUUAUUGAAUUUUGUAGGAAUUUGCAAAGAAAAUGUAAAUUCUGAAACUAUUGCAACAAAGUUUACUUUUUACUUGAAAAACCUGAAGUAAAAUGCUUUGAUGAUGAUGUUAAAAAAACAUCCAAUUGAACUUUCUUUAUUAGCAACAAGUAACACUGUGUUUAAUUGCAUUUACUAAGUACUUGAAAGUGAAAGGGAUGCGUGAGGGAUUGGAAAAUUAUAGGGACUGCAAUUUCAUUCAAAAACAGUCAAAGUAAAAAUCUUGGGGUAUUUUGCUUCAGGGAAGACAGCUUUAUCAUCUUUAUUCCAAGCUUUUGAAAAAUGUUCUGAUGAAAUGCAGUAACUUGUAUUUUGCAGUGCAUGUGAUUUUGAUUUGAAAAAUUGUGAAAUCUCAGCAAUGAUGUAUUAUUUACAUUGUCUCAAAAACAAAGUUAGUGGGCCAUUUUAAAACCUGUUGAAUUAUUUCUAUUAUGUAUCCUAAGUGCCUGUCUUAUUUUGCGUAUAUUAGAAAACAGUGAUAUGAUGGGAAGAAGUGAAUAAAAUAACUAAAAAAAUUGUUCAUGUAGAAGCCAUACAUGUCAAACAUUAUGUUGAACUUGCAAGUAAUGGCAUAUUUCUUGAGCCUGGAUUUUUUCUUCUUCUUUUUCUAUGUUAUUGUCAUAGGCCUAUCAUUGUUUGGUUUAGAUUUAUGAUACCUGAUAUCCUUAACAUUGCAUGGAUCCUGGGAAAUAUAAUGGAAGGAACAUCUGGUUAAAUAUUUAGUCAAAAAGGUCCUUUUGUCUGAAGGUUAUUUUUGGCACAUUCUGUUUAUCAGUAGGUGAAAUUAGACUAAAUCCAAGAUUUUUAAAAACAUUUUUGAGUGGAAAAUCUUUGCUAUUUUGAAGUAUAUUUUUGUAUAGUUUUUUGGUUAUAUGUUUAGAACCAGAUUUUAUGUUUUUUAAAAAAAGAAUGAUAAUAUAUAUAAUACUUUCAGUAAGAAUGAUUAAUAUAUUUGUAUGUGCCAAAUGGUCAGAUUUUGAGAGUGUGUGUGUGUGUGUAUGCGGGUAUGUGUACCUAUACAUGCAUGUAUGUUUCUGUGUGCUUGUGUGCAUACAUUUAUGUAUGUAUAGGGACAUAAGCAUUUGCAUGUGAACAUUUAGGUUAUGCUCUGAGAUGAACAGUUAUUCUUUUCAUGCUUUUUUUUUUUU